GGGGGCAUGUAAACCUGAGCCAGAGGAAUAAGUAGAAAUGCUCUAAGGGAGAUGAUGGGGAGGAUGUCCAGGGAAAACUAAAGAACAUGAGCAGGUGAUGUCACCUAUAAAUGCCCUAUAAAUGGAGGAAGUCUUCGGGUGCAUCUGAAUGAUUUAUCUGCACAGAUACCCAGUGCUACAAGCAUGGCUGUCUCAGCACUACGGCUGACGAUUGUCCUGGGACUACUGGUCUUAAUCCUGACUUGCCAGGCAGAUGACAAACCAGAUGACAAGCCAGAUGACUCAGACAAAAAAACAGAGCCAGAUUUUCCAAAAUUCCUAAACCUCUUGGGCACAGAGAUCAUUGAGAAUGCAGUAGAGUUCAUCCUCCGCUCCAUGACGAGGAGCACAGGAUUUAUGGAAUUUGAUGAUAAACAAGGAGAACAUUCAGCAAAGUGACUUCCCCAGGACACACCCAACAUGGCUCCAGAAUAACCCAAGGGGAGCAAAUCCUGCUUUUCCAGUUCUGCUUCACGAGUCCGAGGCCCC